AUGGUAGACUUAAAAAGACAGAAGCAAGCACUCGCAUCUCCUGAGAAAUUCACAGAACAAAUUACUCUUCAAUCCCAGCCUCCUUGCAAUGUAAUCAAGAGAUCCAUCACAGUUUCUCCAGCUGAAUUUUGUUUCGAUAACAACUCUGUCAAUUCUUCCUCUAUAGUACCAUUGAUAAUUUCCCUUAUGGCAACAAUAUUCCCUGCUCUAGCUGCAGAAUGCAAUGUAGUAUCGUCUCGCUUCCCUGUCAAUUGUUUCGUCAUCUUUUUUCCGGGUGCUAUCUUAUUGCUUGUUGGCAUAGGAACACUAGGACUAGGAGCCAUAGAACUCAGGCAACACUCAAGAGCACCACUUCCUGUCUGA